GGGACUUGGGGUGCCGGAAGUGAUCAUUCCUCGGUUCUUCCUGUCGGUGCUGUAGCAGAGGAGAUGCUCCCGGCGGCUGAGAGGCGUCAGCCCGAGGACGGUUAGCGAGAGGGGCGCAGUGUGGACCCGGGGCCGGGCCGGGCCGGGCGGGUGGCCCGCACUCGGACCAUGAGCUACCCCAUGCACUGGGGGGAAUGGAUCCUGAACUUUCGGGUGCCGCCCGCCGGGGUGUUCGGCGUGGCCUUCCUGGCCCGGGUCGCCCUGGUUUUCUACGGUGUCUUCCAGGACCGGACUCUGCUGGUGAGGUACACCGACAUAGACUACCACGUGUUCACGGACGCCGCGCGCUUCGUCACGGAAGGGCGCUCCCCGUACCUGCGGGCGACCUACCGCUACACCCCGCUCCUGAGCUGGCUCCUCACCCCCAACGUCUACCUCAGCGAACUCUUCGGCAAGUUUCUCUUCAUCAGCUGCGAUCUCCUCACCGCCUUCCUCCUGUACCGCCUGCUGCUGCUCAAGGGGCUGGGGCGCCGCCAAGCCUGUGGCUACUGCGUCUUCUGGCUUCUCAACCCUUUGCCCAUGGCGGUGUCCAGCCGGGGCAACGCGGACUCCAUCGUCGCCUCCCUGGUUCUCUCGACCCUGUACUUCAUAGAGAAACGGCUCAUCGCGUGCGCCGCGGUGUUCUAUGGCUUCGCGGUGCACAUGAAGAUGUACCCGGUGACCUACAUCCUCCCCAUAGCGCUCCAUCUGCGGCCCGAGCGCGACGAUGACGAGCGUCUCCGGCAAGCCCGGUUCUCUUUCCAGGCUCGUUUGUACGACUUCCUGAGGAGGCUGUGUAGCUGGGCAGUGCUGCUUUUCGUAGCAGUUGCAGGGCUCACGUUUGUUGCCCUGAGCUUCGGUUUUUACUAUAAGUACGGUUGGGAGUUUUUGGAGCACACCUACUUUUAUCACCUAACUAGGAGGGAUAUCCGCCAUAAUUUCUCUCCGUACUUCUAUAUGCUGUAUUUGACUGCCGAGAGCAAGUGGAGUUUUACUCUGGGGAUUGCGGCGUUCCUGCCACAGUUCAUCUUGCUGUCAGCCGCAUCUUUCGCCUACUACAGAGACCUUGUCUUCUGCUGUUUCCUUCAUACGUCCAUUUUUGUGACUUUUAACAAAGUCUGCACCUCUCAGUACUUUCUUUGGUAUCUCUGCCUUCUGCCUCUGGUGAUGCCACUGGUGAGGAUGCCUUGGAAAAGAGCCGUAGUCCUCUUACUGUUCUGGUUCAUAGGACAGGCCUUAUGGCUGGCUCCUGCAUAUGUUCUAGAGUUUCAAGGAAAGAACACCUUCCUGUUUAUUUGGUUAGCCGGUUUGUUCUUCCUUCUGAUCAACUGUUCCAUACUGAUUCAGAUUAUUUCCCAUUACAAGGAGGACCGCCUAACGGAGAGAAUCAAAUACGACUAAUGUGUUCUGGAUCUUCUGCAACAUUCUGAUUUUGCCGUAUGGACUAGGAGGCUUUGGAAUUUUUCUCCUCCCUGAACAUUCUAAGCACUCUAGUGAAAGUUCCUUUGUUCCAAUAGAAAUUAAAACCAGUGUUGGCCUUAUAUAUAAAGGGGGCCCAAGAACUGAGGUCCAUGGUCCAUCCUUUAGAAGUCUUAGGGCUCAUUUGCUUGAUGAGAAGAAAGCCAUUCCUGUUUCACAGUUGAGAAGCCGGUGAAGCUAGAAGAUGCUGAAAUAUUUUUGAACAGUAGAGGAAUAAGGUCUCUAGCAGCGUUUGUUCCUGUCACAUGGUGCUACUGUUGUACCUUCAGCCCCUGCCUUUUUUUUUUUUUCCUGCAGUUCUGACAGCGGUGGAAGUUGACAAAAUCCCUAAAGCACAACAUUUUUACGUAUUAAGUAUUAACAGUUCCAUGCUCGGUUGGGAAAGUCUGAAAUUUUUGUAGUAAGUGUGGGGGCUUAGAAGAGAACUAAUCCAAAGAAUCUAAAUUGUGAUCAUGUAUUUGUUUUGUAAUUGAGUUUUUCAGUAUUAGUACCAGUGGUAUUCAUUUUAUAUAAAAAGAUUAAAUUUAAACUCAUCCACUGUAGACCUGAGUUUAAGAAAACGAAAUGGAGCAUUAUUAACAUGUAUAUGCUUAUCCUUUUUCUAACUGCUAGGAAGACUUUUCCUCUAGAGUUUCCUCUGAGAGCGGUGUGUUGUAAAAGUGGUAAAAUUUAGAUGCUAAAGCCUAAGUUUUGAGUAUAACUUCACUUGCUCUCUUCUGGUUUUAUCAUCUAAAUUGUUACAAAGGAGAACAUUGUUUAUAAGGCAUAAAUCCUACACUCUGAAAAUUCCAGGAUAGAAAGGAAGACUGCUUGCUGUAAAGCAUGAGUGCUGCGUGCUGUCAUUGGACAAUCAAGAGGUGGUAAGGGAUUUGAGGAAUUACAGAAAUGAGGCUGUGAGGAGCAGGUCUUUCUACUUAUCACUUGAAGUAAACACAGUGAAACUGUAUGAAUAAACUUUCUCAACUGUAUGAAUAAACAUUCUAAAAUAUUUUUAGAAAACAUAGAGCCUGUCUGUGUUGAGGGUUUUCUAACAUUCAAAGAUGCAGUAGCAAUAGAUGAGUAUAAUUUUUUUUUUAAAGAAUAAAAUUAUCAUCUUUAAAUGCAAGUUCAAGAGAAGAUAGGAUUUUUGUUUGUUUGUUUGUUUUUUUUUUGGUUUGGUAGGGGUUGGUUUUUCCUUUGUCUGGUUUUUUUUGUUUUUUUGUUUUUUUUUUUUGACCCAGGGUUUCUCUGUGCAGCCCUGGCUUUCCUGGAACUCACUCUGUAGGCAAGGUUGACUCAAAGAUCUGCCUGCCUCUGUCUCCUGAGUGCUGGGACUAAAGGAGUGUGUAACCACACUCAGCAAGAAGAAAGUUUUAACAGGCUUUAAUUUAUUUUUACUUUUAAUAAGAAUGUUGAUUUUGAAUGUUUAUCAGCUAGUUCUGAUUGUUUUAUUUUUCUUUGAGAUAGCACUCCAUUCUACAGCACAGGCUGGCCUCAAGCUCACUGCACUCUUCUUGCCUCUGAAGUGCUAGGUCUACAUGUCUGAGCCACUAUAACUGGCUUUCUGAUUGUUACUUCUAAAGCAAGAUUUUAGGGCUAAGAGAACAACUGCUGAAAGUUGUCCUCUGACUUCCACGAGCAUGCAGUGACGUGUGCUUGUGCACGUACAUGGGUGCACACACACAAACUAAUGAGUGUAUUCUCUCAAGAAAGCUAUUUAAAACAUGAAAAGGUCUAGAUGUUUUCAGAUAUAAAAUAAGUUGUCUCAAUGCUGAUGUCUAACGACUUUUAGCAAAUGUGGUAGUAAACAAUCACAUAAAUAUGUUUUUGGCUUUAGGAAAAGGACUUUGUUUUUUGGAGCCAAAGUCUCACUGUGGUAGCCUCGGAUGCCUCAGACUCAGUGUGCAAUCCCGACCAACCUCCAACUCAUCCUCCUGCUCUAGCCUCUUGGGUCCUGGGAUUAAAAAUGUGCCAGGCCAGUUUUUACUUUGACUGCCAUAUGCAUAUCCUUACCAUGUUUUUCUCUUUCUUUGUAAAGUUCCAGCUUCCAUGCAUGUACCUGGGUGACAUGAGAAUUCUAAAAAAAAACAAGCUAGAAAAUAGUUCUGUCUCCAGCCUGCAUAAGCGUAGAUGGCGAUAAUACAGACUCUCUCAGUAGGUCCUCUAGCCGCUUCUGUUAUUCCACCUUUGACUUCGAUUCCUCUUCCAGCUGCUUACCCAGCCUUUCACUCUGCUCCGCCUUCUGCUGGACGGCAUCCAACUCAGCCAGGGCGAGCUUUAGCUUUUCCUUAAAGACAUUCUUUUCGGAAGUCAUUUCCUCUUAGAGCAGAGCAUCAGAGUGUCCUUUCCUAAGGCGCUCCUGAAAAGAUUCAAUGACCCUUCGGGUUGUGCUCCAUCUCCAGGUGCUUAUGAUGGUAAAACUUGAGAAGCAAACUCUCCAUGAAUAUAAUUUUUGUGAUCAUGAUGUUUUUGUUUUUAAAUUGGAUUCUUUUCCAGGGUCAGCAACAACAAAAAACUCCUGAAAAAUAAGCACUACUCCAGAAAAGUAGUAUUCUUUCCCCCUGUCACGGCAAGCCUAGAAAGCCUUUGAGGAUAAAAUCUUUAUAGGCUGGUCAUAAUUAAAAAUUCUCUUAGGGGCAGCAUUUCUUUGCUGGAUUCCUUUUGGGAUUGGCCUUAGGAAGAAGAAUAGGUGGCUUUUCUGUUGCUUACUGUAUGUGAGAAAAGUGGUCAAUUGUAGAAAACAGUGACCUUUCCUAAAAUGGCAAGAUCCAUAUUUCUAUUUAGCUCCUAACAGCACACUGCUUAAGACAGUUUAAGAAGUGGCUUUCCAAUUAUGGUACAUGAACCUUUUAAAAUUAUUAUGGUGAUUGAAACCCCUAUUCUAGGCAAGCAGUCUGCCACUGAGUAAUGUACCCAGCCCCAAGUGAAUAUUUGAAAUUGAAAAUUUGAGCAAGGAAAGUAUAUAUUCAUGUGUUUUUAUAGGCCUGACUUUUGUUGUUCUUUUAGACAGUCUUAGUCCAGGCUGGCCUUAAACUUUGUUUGCCCAAGAUAAACUUGAACUGAUCUUCAUGCCUCUACCUCCUAAAGAGCUGAGAUUACAGUCCUGUGACACUGUGCUUGGCUCAGAAAUUCUUUAUCAAAGAAAUGCAAGUGUUUCUUAAGGGAUGCAGAAGAUAUUUGCAGUUAGUCUGCUGCAAACCUUUAUUUUUUUAAUUUGCUUUAUAUGUAUAGGUGUUUUGCAUAUAUGUCUGUGCACCAUGUGCAUUCCUAGUGCCCAAGGUGGCCAGAAGAGGGCAUUGGAUUUCUAGAAUAGAUGGUUCUGAGCCACCAUGUGGGUGGGUACUAGGAAUCCAACCUGAAAAUCUCCGGGAAGAGCAGCUAGCACUCUUCACCACUGAGCCAACUCUUCAGCCCCAUGCUGCAGAGACAUUUAGUAAGUUAAGCGGAGAAAAGACCUGAUUUGAUCUUUUGGCUUUUACUUCUGUUUUGCAGCUUUUAAAGUUUUAUUUGGGGAAGAGGCACACAUACCUUGUCCUGUGUAUGCAGGUCAGAUGCACUUGUGGACGGCAGAGGACUUGUGGUAGUCCAUUUCCCUCUUUCCAUUAUGCUGGCCCUAGGAUCAAACUUGGGUUGUCAGUCUUGGCAGCUGUACCUUUUUACACUGCACUGUCUGGUCGCUUUGUCUUUUUUCCGUUUAUGAUAUCUUUUGUUUCCUUAUAAGUCCUUAAAUAAUACCUUAAAAUUGUGUCGCUCUUUGACGUAUUUUCUGUGUAAUUCUCUUGUUCUUAUACUACCUGCAUUAUCUUUAUGUCACUGUAGCAAAUGCCUAUCAUAAGUCAACUCUCAGGAGCCAUAAUGGGACAAGCUAAUAACUAGCAGGUGAUCAUCCUGAAGUGGCCUGCCUCGGAUUAUUAUAUAAUCUGCGACAGGUGCGCCCUUAUUAAGAAAGGCUGUAAGGGACUCAUUUUAGGAAAGAUGCCUGCUAUUAAUGUGCUUUUCCUGUUACUAUUAAACAUAUAUAACAAUCACUAAGUAGUAGCACACCCCUGUGGAGCAGAUCUCUGCAGAUCCACAAAGAGCUUGUCGUGUUGCUAUAUAGACAAAUAGAUGACUUAAGUCUUCAUGAUGAUCCUAUAAGAAUUCCUAAAAUUAUAUCUGUGUUUAUUAAGCUCUUUUAUAACAGGACUGCUAUUAGGUCCUUUUUUGAUAGUCAAAGCUGCAAUGAGAACUCUGCCCAAGUGUCCCCAGUUAAUUGCUCUUAGAUAGUAACCAGACUUUAUCCUAUUCAGAGUACACUCCAAGAAGUUGUAAAACAAUUAACCAAAGGUCAUAAAAAGGGAACUAAUGAUUUAUUAUAGGUGUUAGGACAGAAGAUAAAAUAUCUAUUGGGCUUAUCUAUACAAAACUUCACUGAUAACUUAGUUAUGGUUUUAAACCUUCAGGGACCCUGUAGAGCUGAGACAAGUGAUGGAUGUUUAGCCAGAUAAUUACUCCUAACUGUUAGGAGCGUGCAUGUAAACAUUCACUGUUGUAAACUUCUAUUUCAGUUUAUGAUUUGAUUUUAUGUGUGAACUUGUGAUGAACUUGUAACAUGUGAUCAUGUAUUCUGGAAGAUAUAUAAGUACUGAGGACAGAGAGAUGAGGGGAGAGAAAGGAGAAUUUUUUCCCUUUCCCCACUUAGAGAACUUUUUCCCUUUCCCCACUCAGGAUCUUUUUGCUUAGAUAGCUUUCAUAGGAAACUUUUUUACAACUUAGUAAUAAACUCUAUAACCACUUUUCUAAGUGUCCUUUUUUCUCCCUGCAACUUCCAACUAGCAGGCUGAAAGUUAGAGCCCAGCAGCAAUUCCUGCUGCGAUAGAACAAAGGCUAUUAACUUAAUCCUUUGUGGUUUGAGGAAGAGGUGCUAAGUGCCAGAAACUGCAGUCUCUGCCUCAGAGGAUCACAGAAGGCAGGUCAGCUACAAUAGCAUAGUAACUUAGAAUUAGACAAGUAACUUUUUAGUAUAUAGCAACCCUAAAUAUAAGAACCAAGAACCCUCCGCCUACGCGCUCCCCCUCUGCUGUCUCAAGAAGAACCAAGAAGAAAGAACAAAACCCCCACCAGAGCUGCCCCCCCCAACAGUCAAUUUAUAGAGAGAAAAGAUUUAUUUGGGGCCAUGGAUUAAAAGUUUAACUUUGAGAUUGGUUGGCCUUGUGGCCACAGGCCUGUAGUGAGGUAGCACACUGUAGCAUGAGGACACGAUAAAACAAACUGUUGACGUUAUUGUGGGUGCAGAAGACAGAGUCUGAGACAUGGGUCUCUGAGAUCCUUUUGAGGGCACACCCCUAAUGCCCUAAAACCUCACACUGGGCUGGCCUAAAGUUUCCACAGUUUCCAGUAGUGCCGCAGUCAAGGAAACAAGCUUUUAACACCUGGGCCUUGGGGAGAGUUCAGAUCCAUACUAUAGCAUUAACUGUGUAGGACAGACUGACUGACAGGCAAGCAGUCAUGAUUAGAUUAAGAAGAAUGUUUCUCCACACAGGUUGUGAUUUUUUUUUUUUUCUGUAACUGCUUUUCUGAUGUCCCCAAAAUGUCAUUAAAGGUCUCAAGUUCCCUGGAUUGGGAUCAUUAUCGUCUGUUUUGUUUUUUAGUUGUAGGAGAUAGGGUCUUAUAUAGCUCAGGCUGGUCUCAAACUUGUUAUGUAACAGAGGCUGGCCUUGAACUCAGCCUCUUGAGUCUACCUCCCAAGUACUAGAAUUAACAGGUGUGCUGGACCAUGCCUAGUGUGGAUUAGGUUCUUUGGAAAAGCUGUGAGAAAUAUGUACACUACUGGGCAACUCAGCAAAAGGAUUCUUAAAACUGUAGAUCUCAGUCACUGACAUCUCGCCAUCUGGAUUUUAUAAGCUGUAUAAUGAUGUUUCAUAAGUUGUAUAAAACUUGAACUUUAAUUUAUGGCUGAAUAUAUUGUUCUUUUUUUCUCUUAACAUCCGUUAUUUUAUAUUCCUACCUACACUCUCUUGCCAUCUGUGAUGUAAGUUAUCAGUAGAAAAGAAAAACCUGAAAAAUUCUACCUGUGGUGGUCUUUAUAUCCAA